CAUAAAUGUCGGAUUAUCACUUUUGCUUUUGAGUUUACGUCAAGAGAUCGUUGAUCCUUUUAUGCAUUUAAAUUUAUACCAAUUGACACAGGGUAAACUCUUUCGAACCUAAUAUUCUUGAUAUCAAUUCAAAAUAAAGUAGUAUCUAUGUUACUCUUGACUGCGGAACUUUAACCCUUUAAAAAAUAGUGCCAAGGUCAGCUUUUUAUCUAAGAUUGCUGCUUUUUAUAUUUCAUUCCUUGAAUUACGCAUUCGUAUUAGAAAUCGGUUAGUUACAGAGCAUUAAAAAUGAAAAUCGGAAAUGUUUUCAUUACUGGUGCAAAUAGAGGAAUUGGAUAUGAAUUUGUGCGACAGUUAAUAUUGAGAGAAGAUCCACCAAAAAUUAUUUUUGCUACCUAUAGGAGUGGUAGCACUGUUCUGGAUUUAAAAGCAUUGCAGGAUAAUGCAGUUAGGACUAAACUUAUUCUUAUAAAAAUGGAUGUAAACGCGCCGGAAGAAAUUGAAGUUGCCAAAAAAAUUGUUGAAGCUAACACUGGGGAUGAGGGUCUGCAUCUACUUAUUAACAACGCAGGUAUAUUUGAAAUCCUUCCAUUAGAACAUAUGACAGUCGAAAACUUGGAGAAACAUUUCAAGACAAAUACCGUAGGUCCCAUGAUGCUGUCUAAGGUGAUGCAACCCUUCCUAGAGAAAGCAGUAUUAAAAAAUGACGGAUAUAAAGUAGUCUUACUCAGUAUAUCUUCUUUAUUAGGAAGCAUUACAAACACAGGAAAUAAUUUCUUCGAUCUAAAUGUACCCUCAUAUAAAAUAAGCAAGGCUGCUUUGAACAUGGCAAUGAAAAUUUUGGCAUCAACUCUAAAAGACAAAGGCAUACUGGUUGUGAUGAUAAACCCUGGUUGGGUUAAAACAGACAUGGGCAACAGAGAUUUAGCAGAAAUAACACCGGAAGAAAGCAUCUCGGCAAUGCUUAAGACUUUAGAGCAAAUUAAUAGAGACCAUCAUGGAGCGUUCAUAGACCGAUUUGGAAAAACCAUUCCUUUUUGAUUACCGAUUAAAAAAGAUCAGAUUUUUUUUUUAAGAAAAAUAUUUGUGUGAAGAUUUUUAUCUAUUUCUCGUUAAGUUUAUAAAUAAAACUGAAAAAUUAAACAAAAUUCAUUGGAUAUGAAUAGACCAAAGUACACAACUAAUAGACAUUAUGUAUUAUUAUAG